AUGUCGAUGUCGAUGUCGGCCUCGACGAAGCAGGCAGAGGCAGAGGCAGAGGCAGGACGGAAACGAGGAGGAUCUGCACCUGGACCCGUUCCCGCGGUAUAUGCACUCGGAUCCAACGGGUCAGGACAGUUGGGGAUAGGCCAUACAGAGGACACGGCGUGGUUGCAGGAAUGCAGGUUCCAGUCUCGCUGUAGGGCGGGCGGAGUUGAGGGCGUGAAGGAUGGUGAAGAUAAGGAGGAUGACGAUGAUGAUGAUGAUGGCGACCGUGCCAGAGAAGCGCCCUUGACCAUGGCUCCAGAGUAUGUGGAUGUGAAAAAGAUUGUCGCCGGAGGGAAUCACACGCUCCUCCUGACGAAGGACGGCCAGGUUUUCAGCGCAGGCAAGUUCGGGUGUGAAGCUUCUGAGGAAUCGACGACUGUCUUUGUGCAGCGCCAUUUCGAUUUCAGGACCAAUGAUAGUCAUGUUCGAGCGCACUUCUUCACGCCAAGCAAGCCUGAGGGGUCGCCAUUGUCAGAUCCCAACCACUUGCAGGCAUUGACGACCUCUGGAUCCGUGCAGACACUUUCUGGGAGGAUCACAGACAUCGCGGCGACAUGGGACGCUUCAUUCGUCGUAGUUGACCACAAAGUCGUGUUUGUCUGUGGAACAGGAUCCAAGGGCGAACUGGGGCUCGGUGAAGGGGUCGAACGCGCAGAAACCAUCACCAAAGUGUUUGAUGUUGCCGGGUUCGAGUUCGAUCAUGACACGACUGACGGUAGCUCUCGGAGUGGUGAUGGCAAUGGCAAUGGUAAUGACAAGCAUGCCGGAGUUCGAAUCCGAAUCCGCGCCAUUGCAGCGUGCAUGGCCCAUGUCGUGGUGCUUCUGUCAAAUGGACAUGUCUUUGGCUGGGGAAAUUGUCGCAAAGGACAGCUGGGGGAGCGAGUCAAGAACCGAAAGGUCCUAUGGACCCCCACGAGGAUUGAUCAUGAUCUUGAUGCAGCCAUCAAGGUUAGUCGGGACUCCGCAGGGAGUGGCUGGCCAGCCUGGACCCCAGAGAGGGUGGUGGUGGGUAGGGAGUAUACCGUUUUCCUCAAGACAGGCGAGACACCUGUGGUCUGGGGAGACACCAGGUUCAUCGACGGAGAGUCAGAGUUGCUGAAGCGGCCACUUGAAGACGGUGACCGCGUGGUUUCGGCUUGGGGUUCGAUCCACGUCUAUUCGCCGCGGCGAGGAUCGGUGCACAGUGCUGGCAGAAACCAUCGCGGCCAACUGGCGCCGUCUGGGCUCCCAGCCAUCCAGGAUCUGGCUGCAGGAAGUGAGCACUGCAUCGCUCUGACCACAGACAAUCAAGUCAUUGCGUGGGGCUGGGGUGAGCAUGGCAACUGUGGCGGAGAGCUGGACGAAAAGGGCAAUGUCGCGGGCAGGUGGAAUGUGAUUGAGACUCCUCGACUGGCAGAUGAAAGCUUAAGCUUGACUGUGAAAGGUGUCUCGGCAGGAUGUGCCACGAGUUUCGUGGUCUGUGGUAUCAAGGGCCGAUGA